AUGGCUCGUAUUUCCGUUUUGGCUGACGCUUUGAACAACAUCAACAACGCCGAAAAAUCUGGCAAACGCCAGGUUUUGUUGAGACCUUCUUCUAAAGUGAUUAUCAAAUUUUUGCAGGUUAUGCAGAAGCACGGUUAUAUUGGUGAAUUUGAGUACAUCGACGACCACAGAUCUGGAAAGAUCGUAGUUCAACUUAACGGUAGACUCAACAAAUGUGGUGUCAUUUCCCCAAGAUUCAACGUCAAGAUGCCGGACAUUGAGAAGUGGACAGAAAACUUGCUUCCAGCUAGACAAUUUGGUUACGUUAUUUUGACGACUUCGGCUGGUAUUAUGGACCACGAAGAGGCUAGAAGAAAACACGUUGCAGGUAAAAUUUUGGGUUUUGUCUAUUAA